GCAUCCACUGCUAAAACGCUUAAUUCAACUGAAAUGAUGCACUUGCACUCGGUAAUUUCGCUAAGCAGAAGAUGAUGCAAAUGCAAAAAUAGACUUUGGUAUCGUUUUUCAUAGUGACUAGUGUUGUGAUAGAGGGAGCACCAGAACGUACAUCAGAUAGGUGCGCUCUGGCUUAGAAGGUGCUUGUUCUCUGUGUGGCCCAUUCAGAAUUCAUCCCGAAACGUGCAUCCCGCUCGAUCGAUCGUCCACCGGAGCAGUCGUCAUCGAUUGGGAUGGAUUUCCUGCUGGGUGGCUGUGCCGCGACCUGUGCCGGACUGUUCAGCAAUCCGUUCGACGUCAUCAAAACCCGGCAGCAGUUGCAGGGCGAGCUGAUUGAUGCCGCAUCGGAAACGCAACGCAAUCCAUACCGAUCGAUCUUCAAGUCGAUAGAAUCGAUCCUCAAAGCGGAAGGCAUCUCCGGACUGCAGAAGGGGCUUGUGUCGGCGCUAGCUUUUCAGUUCACGAUGAAUAGCAUCCGGUUAGGGAUCUACCAAACAGCAGAGAAUUAUGAGUGGACUCGAGGAAGUAGCAAGUUCGGCACGUUGAUGUACUCGAUAUUCUGGGGUGGGAUCAGUGGAGUGGUUGGAGCGACGGUGGCCUGCCCGCUGUACAUGAUCAAGACGCAGAUUCAGGCCACUUCGCACGGGAAGUAUGCCGUCGGGUUUCAGCACAAUCACACCGGAACGAUGGAUGCCUUGGCGGGGAUCUACAGGACCUAUGGCAUCAAAGGCCUCUGGCGGGGAUAUCCGGGAAUUGUGACGCGCACAGCCGUGGGAUCGUCGGCGCAGCUUGCGACCUUCUCCAGUUUUAAGGAUUUCUUUGUGCAGUUUGAGUUCUUCCAGCAAUCGGUGGCGUUUACGGCGUUCGCCGCCAGCAUGUUCAGCGGGUUCUUUUGCUGCGUUUUUAUGUCGCCGUUCGAUGUGAUCGCAACCAGGCUGUUUAAUCAAGGUGUGGACGCCAACGGACGAGGCCUUCUCUACCGAAGCGUUUGGGACUGCUUCAGCAAAACCCUUCGCGCCGAAGGCCUCCACGGCCUCUACAAGGGCUUCGUUCCGAACUACUGGCGCAUCGCUCCGCACACGAUCCUCAACCUUACGUUCUGGGACCAGUUCAAGAGCUGGAAGGAUCUCUACUACUGAGCGCGACUGUGGAUAUUAGCUGUGGUAGCUCUGCACGGUGCUGUAAAAUGAUAUUUUAUUUUUUUCUUAGCUGUAAUUUUGUUAACUAAUUAGAUAAGGAUGCAAUCGAAUCGAACAACAUAACUUAACACGAUAAGAUGAAGCCUGUUGAGCAAACGAAAUAAAGAAUCGCAAUGUAUAUGCUGCCCA